CAAACAGAUGCUCUCUUGGUGCCACCAAGAUCCGCACCCUUCGGUAGUAAAUGCUGAACACCGACGAUAAAUUCGAUAGGAACGAUACCAAAUGCUGUGGAUUAACAUUGCCCAGCUCCACGCCCUUAAUGCAGCUCUGUACCAUAUGUGGAUACUGUAGAAUAUAGACAUACAGCAGCUCCCAUUCUUCUGGCUGUUUCAGCAAUGAAAAGUCGAUUUGGUCCAGCGCUGGCAGAUCUGGGUAAGUCCCUUGCUGGACUUUGAGGUCAAACUCUUUGAGCAGAAUGGACAAUCGGGCGCAGUUAUAGAAAAUAAAAGCCGGCCCUUUGUUACAGUUGCCCAAGUUAUCAAGAGUAACUUUCACAGACUUCUGAGGCUUGUUGCUUAGCAGCUCUACGCUGACUGAAGCCCUGCCUAGAUGGGUGAACAACUCUUUCCACUCUUGGGCUGAUUGUAUGUUCACUCGGUAUCGAUGCUGAGCCAUCAGCCUCAUGUCGGUUACUCGUUUUUGGAAGAAAUCUCGGGCAGUGUGCUCAGUAUCUUUCACUCCCUGCUCGUUCAAUACUGGUCCGCACAGAAUGCUGGCGUUGGAAACAGUAGAAGCCUCAACAUUGUUAACCAGAGCAACAACCACACUGUCUGCAGGCUCGGACUUUGUGGAGAGUUUCAGCAAGUUCUCUAUAGUGGCCUUUAGGAUGGAGAGCCUCAAAGUGGUGAGAUCUGCCUGAUCUAGAUCACUAACUGUUUGAUAGGUUGUGGUUGCCGUUGUUAUCCUAAUUACUUGAUUGAAUAGUUUUACCCUUCCAUACUGGCCAGCUUCAGCUAAAGCGCGUUUAACUGCAUAGUUGAAAAGGGGCGCCCGUUCGAGGAACAAGUGGGCACUAGUCUUGAUGCACUUGUGGGUCCGUAUUUGGGCUUUCAAGCCACGCAGGCAUUCCUGAAAUAGCCCCAACGCGAUGUCUAUAUCAGCACUAGCGAACUGGUGAACUAAACCAGGCGCCCCUAAUUCCCGACUUGCACUCCUCUGGAUGAUAUGGCGCCAGACCUUGCUGGAAAGGGGCAAGCUCACAUCCCCCAGCUUUUCUAAGCAUCUGCUGUGCUUCUUUAUCAUGGUGUCUUCAUCCUGGGGUCUUACGCCUAUGACCAGUUGGUAUAAUGUGUUGAUAAGCUCAGUUAGAGGGUCCAUUUCAGCAUUUUAAGCCUCUAUUUACAAACAAUGGGAGAACUAACCUCCAAAUACAAAGCAAACAUGGCCUUGGCAGUUCAUCAGCGUAGCCAGAUUUCCAAUCAGAAUAAAUUAAUUUAGCGAAAACACUUUCCUCUGGUGGUUAUUAAAGAAUUUGAGUCCCGUUCUAGAUUGUGAUUGAAUAAUUUUUAAACACUAUUAACCUUAGAUGGGAUCACGUAAUUGAUCAGGAUAUAAAAAUUGCAACAUUCAGCAACACACUACAGUAACACUUGGCAUAACCUUGCUACUUGACGUCAUCUAUGGGCAUAACCUUGCUUUUUUAUUUUCUAACUCUUUGAUGUAGUGGUAAACAAUAGAGCAAAACAAUGUCGCAUUAUAAAAUUCAAACUAUCCCGCAUAAUUUAAGCAAAGAGGAAACCAUCGUCCAAAUGGUGGAAAUUCUCGAUCAUCUGGACGCUAUCACCCAAGAUGUGUUUUCCAGAGUGGGCAAAAGGUUGGAGGAGAACAAUGCAAAGUUAUCCAGCAUAUUCAAGCGAAUAGAUGCUGCCUCCGCCAAAGUGGCCAAUCUGAAAGGGGAUAAGAAGGCGAAAACCGUAUUUUCCAGUAGUAAGUAUCCGGCGGCGGAUAUCAAUAGGGACUAUGUGUCCAUUUUCAAGGAGCCCGUCACGGUUGAAAGGGUGCGACAUGAAGUGCCCCAUGGAAAGCGCGUAUCCACCUUUGAGCCUGUGUCAAAGUUGCAGUUUUACCACGUUAAAGUGCCCGAGAUGAACAAUAAUCAAGUGCCAGAAGGGCUCGGGGAUGUACCAAAUGAUAUCAGCUGUGUAAACGACCUGUUGCUGUUCAACACCGGCAAGAAUGUGUAUAAGGAUUUCAAGCCUAACGACUACUGCAAAAGCCCAACGAUUAUCAGGCAGAAAGACAAUUACGCUACUUCAGAACUAGGGGCUGCGCCCGUUUCCAUAAGCCAGAGAGCAUCAAUGCAGCAGGCGAAUAAAGACAGUUACUUUUACACUCCGAAAAUCGAACAAUUACCUGCCUUGGAUGUGCCUUGGGAUUUGCCCAAUCUGCCAGGCAUAGCUGACGAUGUUCGGUAUGAAGUCGAAGGCUCUGAAGCUGCGAUCAUCAGCCCAUCGGCUGUUAACAGCAGUCAAGUGGUAGAUGUGGAUUUGCCAGACAUUUCCACUUUUACAGCAGUGGAAGUUCCUUCACCGCCCCCACCUCCACCUUUAAUAGAUAUUCCAUUGCCACCACCGAUAGAGCAGAUGCCAGUAGAAGCACAAAAAACUGCCCAACCAGAUAAACCCCCAUCGGUUCCUCAACCGCCAGUUCACAUGGCACCGCCACCGCCCGUUCACAUGGAACCGCCUCCGCCAGUCCCAACACUCCAAAGUGACCCCAGAGCCAGUCUGAUGGAUGCAAUUAGGAAGGCUGGGGGCUCCAAGGUUCUACGGAAAACGAAUGAGCAGUCCCAAGCUAGUGCCCCCAAAGGGGGCGACUUGAUGGCAGAUUUGCAUCUGAAGCUGCAGAUGAGGAGGAAAGGAAUAUCUGGGUCUAAACAGACUGAUCAGGGACAUCUGGGAGGGGCUGACUCUGCAUUUGCCAGAAUGUCUUCGAUCAUUCCUCCACCUACCAAAAGCAGCGAUAUGGGCAGCAGUGUUUCUACUGAUGAUGAUGAUGAUGAUGCUUGGAAUGAUGAUUAAAUUGUAUAAGAUAGUAUUAUUAUUGAAUAUAUAUUUUUUGUAAAUAGCAAA